AUGGACAAAAAGCUUCAUUGCAUUUUUGCUUAUGCAUUCCUAAUCACCAUAACCUUCCCAAUGCUUUCUUCUGAAUCCAAACAACCUCUGAGCCUUGCAACUGAUCAAACUGCCCUUCUUUCACUCAAACAACACAUCACCUCCGACCCUUCUCUUUUACUCGCAACUAAUUGGACCAACUCGAGCUCCGUCUGCACCUGGAUUGGCGUCACUUGCAGCUUGCGCCACCACAGAGUAGCUGCCUUGAAUCUCUCCAACAUGGCUCUCUCCUCCACCAUUCCACCGCAGCUCGGACACCUCUCCUUCCUCGUCUCCCUCGACCUCUCCAACAACCAUUUCUAUGGUGAUUUGCCACACCAACUGUCUCUCCUUCGCCGUUUGAAGUUCAUAUCUUUCCGACUCAACAACUUCACCGGAGACAUCCCUCCGAUGUUGGGUCAGUUACCAAAAUUAGAGUACUUGAAUUUACGCAACAACAACUUCAUAGGUUCCAUCCCAAAAUCGCUCUCAAACCUCACAAACCUACGAUUUCUUUCCUUAUCUUUCAAUUCUCUAAGUGGAGAAAUUCCAAAAGAGUUUGGGAGACUUCAAAGUCUACAAACUCUGUAUGUUGAAAAUAAUCAUCUCUCCGGUGCUAUACCAUCAGCCAUAUUCAACAUAUCGACCUUGGUGACUAUAGGUUUGACAGGCAAUGAAUUGAGUGGAAGUCUUCCAACAGACAUGUGCCGUAAUCUUCCAUUUCUUACUGUGCUUGGUCUUUCUUUAAAUCAGCUGAGUGGCGUGAUUCCCACAAAUCUAUCCCAAUGUUCACGGCUUGAGGUGUUGAGCCUCUCUGUAAACUCUUUUAGUGGGGAGAUACCUUCAGAAAUCGGCUACUUAACAUCUCUUCAGUUUUUGGCUCUUGGUGCUAACAAUUUGAAUGGGCGCAACAAAUUCACGGGGAACCUUUCAAGGGAUGUUGGGAAUAUUACCAUGCUAACAAAUUUACAGCUCCAGGAAAACCAUUUCACAGGGCUUAUUCCCACUGAAUUUGGCCAACUUUACCAUUUGGAGAUAUUAUCAUUAGAUUCGAACAGCUUAAGUGGUUCGAUUCCACAUGAGCUCUUUAACAUUUCAACUCUUCAGAUUCUUUCACUUGUCGUCAAUGCUCUGUCAGGGGUUCUUCCAACCCAUUUAUGCCAUGCCUCUCCCUUUCUCGAAAAACUUCUUCUUGGCGGAAAUUCUAUCACCGGAGCAAUACCCAACUCCAUCUCUAACUGUUCUCAACUCAUAAAUCUCUCACUUCCUGAAAACAAAUUCAGUGGUUAUAUACCUACUAAUCUCGGCAACCUAAAGAAUCUCCAACGUCUUACUCUGUUCAGCAACAAUCUUACCCAGGCACCAUCGUCUUCCUUCAUUACUUCAUUGACAAAUUGCAGGUCUCUAACAUAUUUGGCAAUUGCUGAUAAUCCUCUAUACGGCAUCAUUCCUGCUUCUGUCGGGAACUUAUCUUCCUCACUUCGAACAUUCGGUGUCGACAACUGCAAAUUCAGUGGUAGCAUUCCUGUUGGAAUAGGCAAUCUAAGCAAUAUGAUGGAACUGAGUUUAUCUGGGAAUGAGUUAUCUGGUAAUAUUCCACUAACUAUAAGCCUUUUGCAUGAACUUCAAGGAUUAUAUCUAUCUGAUAACAUGUUGGGAGGCUCAAUACCACAUGAUAUAUGUGAUCUAUUCAGCCUCGAUACUUUAGUUAUGAGCCAUAAUCAAAUUUCAGGCCCAAUUCCUAAAUGUCUGGGUAAUGUCUCUUCUUUAAGAAAUCUUGGUCUACACUCCAACAUUUUGAAUUCUAGCAUACCAUCAAGCUUAUGGGGCCUAAAAGAUUUGAUCAUUCUACGCUUGUCCUCAAAUUCGUUAAAUGGGUCACUACCUCUAGAGAUGAGUAACUUAGGAGCAGCUAUCUAUAUAAACCUAUCGAUGAAUCAGUUGUCAGGGUCAAUUCCGACGAAUAUUGAAAAGUUGCAGAAUUUGGUUAAUCUGUCUUUGGCAAAUAAUAGACUAGAAGGUUCUAUUCCUGUGUCUAUGGGAAGCAUGAUCAGUUUGGUAAAUCUCGACUUGUCAUACAACAACCUCUCUGGUUCAAUUCCAAAGUCUUUAGAAGUACUUCAACACCUCAACAACUUUAAUGUCUCUUUCAAUAGUUUAAGUGGAGAAAUUCCUAAUGGAGGUUCUUUUAGAAACUUCACUAUGGAUUCUUUUAAGGGUAAUGAGGCAUUGUGUGGAGUCCCCAAGUUCCAUGUCCAGAUUUGCUCUUCAAUUUCUAAUCACAUAUCAAAGAGAAAGAAGGUGGAACGAGCUUCAUUUAUUGUUUUUGGGGUUGUGGCUUUCAUCUCAGUUGUUUCUUUGGCCUUUAUAAUUGUCAUAAACAAAAGGAAAGAUAAGACGACUAGAGAAGUUGAUGAGUUGAUAUUCAUUGUGCCGGAAAGAAUCUCUUAUUAUGAACUGCUGCAAGCAACGGAAAGAUUCGAUGAAAGCAAUUUACUUGGCACUGGGAGUUCUUGCUCUGUUUAUAAAGGAAUUCUUAACAAUGGGAAGGAUAUCGUUGUCAAGGUGUUUAAUAUGCAGCUAGAAGGUAUUUCAAGAAUAUUUGAUGUCGAAUGUGAGAUACUACGUAGCAUUCGACACAGAAACCUAACAAGCGUCAUAAGCAGUUGCUCCAAUGAAGAGUUCAAGGCAUUAGUACUUGAAUAUAUGCCAAAGGGAAACCUUGAAAAAUGGUUAUAUUCCCACAACUAUUGCUUGAAUAUGAUGGAAAGAUUGAAUAUAAUGAUUGAUGUUGCAUCUGCUCUGGAGUAUCUUCACCACGGUUAUUCAAUGCCCAUUGUCCACAGCGACUUGAAGCCUAGUAAUGUGCUGUUAGAUGAAGACAUGGUUGCCCAUGUAAGCGACUUUGGGAUAGCAAAGUUGUUAUGCGAUGGAGAUAGCUUUGUGUUAACCAACACGCUAGCAACAUUGGGUUACAUCGCUCCAGAGUAUGGCUUGGAAGGGCUAGUUUCAACAAGGUGUGAUGUGUAUAGCUACGGGGUGAUGUUGAUUGAAACUUUUACGAGAAAAAGGCCUAGUGAUGAUAUGUUUUGCGGAGAUAUGAGCUUAAAGAGAUGGGUAGAACUCUCACUUUCGGAUGUCCCUGAAGAAGUGAUAGAUGCCAACUUAGUCAUGAAUUUGGAAGAAGAAAUGAUUGACAAGAGUAUGCAGUGUGUAUCAUCCAUACUUGAGUUGGCUCUGAAAUGCUCCGCGGACUCUCCCGUGGAUAGAAUCAACAUGAAACAAGCACAUGCAGAGUUGCAGAAAAUCAAACAUCGAUUUUCCCAAUGA